AUGUCUCUUCUGAAUCCAAUGGCUAAACUCUUUGCAAACAGUCGACAUCUAUCUAUCAGUAACUCUUCCAACCAUCUUCAAAACGAUUCUCGAACAGCCACAAGCAAAGAUGCAUCCGAUCAUGAGUCCACCACCAACAAGAAGAAAACCAAGUCUUUAUUCCCCUUUAAGAGAAUUAAAAGCUGUGAGAAUAAUCUCCUAAAGAGAGACACACCCUCUCAAGCAGAUUUACAACAAGAGGUCUCUCCAUCUUCCUCUACAAGGUCCAAUAAUUGUCAAUUACUCUCUCAAGAUGACCUCUCGUUGAACCAAGUCUCUGAUAUCACCAUUCCUGUAGCCCAUUGUUGUCAGAAGGAAGAUACCAUGCCAUUCCAUUCCAAUGUUGUGUUGUCUGACCCACUCCUUUCGGGAGAUAUUCCUGAAUACAAUCUUUCUCAAUUUCGAUUUGGAGAUUGUCCCUUGAAGAACAAUAACAAAGUCGACCUUACUCCUCAUGUAGGCCUAAAAAAUCAAAUCAACAAGUCGGAAGACAGUGAUGAAUGUAACCUCCUGUUUAGCGAUCAACCUUUGACCUCUCACACAAGAGUGCAUUGUCCUUCAUUUUCUAACUGUAAAUCUACAAACAUGACAUCCGAAAUCAAUUAUUGCAACCUGCCUUUCUGUGGCAAUCCCUUAGAUCGUAUUCUUAUUCUUGGAGAGCAAGUAAAACAUGGUGAGGAAGAAAAAAGCUCAAUCGUUCGAGACACUGGGUUUGGAGUUGAAGAAUCUGAUCACUCGAUGGUGAGUUCAGUCUCCUCUCUGGAUGAUGCGGAGAUAUCCCAAAGCUCAAGUAUGGAGCCUGUUUUGAAUCCCAAGGAAGAGGAAGCGAUACCAAUUAAUCGAUAUUUCAAGUCAAGAAAUAGAGUCAGCAAGAAGAGACACACAAGAAAGAAUUCGUCAUCUUUGAAGGAAAUUGAUUUAUUCUCGUUGUUGUCCAUUGAUGGAUCUAACAUCCAAAAUCAAGCCAGACAUCCGUCCAUAAUUAAUCAAACAGACCGAAGAGUAUCCAUUGUCGAAGAAUAUGUUGACUUGUAG